CAUCCUAUUGGGAGAUUAACAAGAAGGGAGCCCAGUCUCUUCUGCUGGAUUGUGUAUGUGCGUGCAAGAGAGAGAGAGAGAAAGAGAGAGGGAGGGAGGAGAGAGAGAUAGAGAGAGAUAGAAAGGGCUUCCCAGCGUGUGGCAGAUGGAGGGGGUGAGGUGCCUGGUGGAAGAGACUGAAAUGUCCUUCAUGUAAACCGGUGACAAAGUGGCGAGCAGUGGCCCCUGGGGCAGCAGAGAUCACAGCCAGAGCAGACAGACGCAGAGACAGCGACAGAGCGCGAGGAGGACACCGGAGCACGGAGCACCACGCGCAGCCGCUACAUCCACAGCAAAGCGACGGUAAAACAGCAAGAGGAAACUAUCCGGGACAGAGCAGCAUCUUUUCCCACUGACAGAGAUGGCUGUCAUGUCUCCACCUCUACUACCUAUUUGCAUUUACCUGGCGGCUGUGCUGAUUGGAGGAACCCACUCGGAGGGGGUCUGUCUUCAAGAUGGCAAGCACAAGGCCACACCCAGCCCAGAGCCGCACCUGACUGAGUGUGGGCUGUACGCUGACAAUAGCUGCUGCACCGAAGAAGACAUUCAGGACAUUGCCCAUGUUCCCUCUGUCAGCAAUAAGAAUGAACCCUGGGACAAGUGUGGACCUUUGAGCACUGAGUGUGAGGGUUUUCUGAAGCGUGUGUCAUGUUUUUACCGAUGCUCCCCUGAUGCAUCCCGCUGGCCUCAUCCUCAUCGCCGCUCCUAUAUCCAAGCCGUGCCACUCUGCCACAGCUUCUGCCGUGAUUGGUUUGAUGCUUGCAGAAUGGACAUGACAUGUGCUCGUAACUGGGCCAGAGACCCAAGAGGACAGAACUGCACUGGAACCUGCGUUCAGUAUCAGCAGAUGUACCAGCACGGCAGGGAUCUCUGCGAGAGCCUGUGGGGUGAUGCCUUCAUGACCGUGGAGGACGACCCGCAGGAAGUCGGAGAAACUGGAGACUUCGGAGCAGAGGGUCGCCCCUGCGGCUGCCUGACCCUCAGUCCCUCAGACAAGGAUGUGAUCGCCGCCCUCAGGGCCCAGCAGGACGACCCAGAAGAGCUGGAUACCACCAAGACCGGCUUACCUCAGUACAGAGCUCCGUGCAAGGCUAAGCUGGCCGUGCAGCCCAAAGUUGGCAGGAAGGGAAACUCUGUGUUGCGCAAGCGCUCAGUUGAAGUUGAAGAUGUGGAAGGGAGUGGGAGCGGUUUGUAGAUGAUGAUAGAUGGCAACGUAUUUAGAGAUAACCGUGUAGUUUCAAAUAAAUAAAUUUAUCCUAAACAGAGUUGUAGCCUUACUCCUCUUACUAAAUUUACCACACAAACUUAAGAUCUCAUUAUCACCAUCCCAUAUCAGAUAUCACAGUACUGCUGUAGCAGAGAAGGAUAAGUGUUCAACAAUGUCAGUAAACAAUGAUUUGAUUAAAUAUCCAAAAAUAUAAAUAUCAGCAUUAAAGAUUCUGCAGCUGAGUGAUAGUAGAGCAUUUAAAGGCAAAAUUCUUAACUCAGAAAGGGCUCUGAUUUCAUGAAUAAAUGAAUAUGCCACAACUAUCAACUAUUGUACAAAUGUCAGCUAAAAAGGUAAUUUUUUUUUUUUUUUUUUUUUUUUGCUUGGAAUUUCUAAGUAUGAUUCAAGUAAAUGUAUGAAACAACAUGGGAAUAAUGUGUUUGAAGUCUUGCAUGUGAUAAAACCCAACGGUGUUAGCACAUCUGCAUGAAUCCAUGUCAACCUGAAUUCCACCACCCUGCUACUGUUAUCAACUGUCUAGCUGAUUUUAAUCUGUGCAUUCGUCAUUUAGUAAACACAGAUCUUACUGUUGUGAAACUGUGCAGUCUGCUUGUUCUGAAGUAGUUGAGACGGUCACGCAGUGUAACCAUAUUAAUGAAUGUAACUUAGAUUUUCAAACAGAGUCUACUGGCCUGA